GAAUGUCAAAUCAAAGUACUCCUAGAAGAAGAUCACAGAGCAUUGUGGACGAUGAAGUACGAACAGAACAAGAUACAAAGAGUUUAGAUGAAACAGUUGAAGAAUCACAUCAUAGUAAUCUUCAUCCAUUUUUCCGAAAUUUAAUGGUCACGCCCCCAAGAACUGAAAGAGUUCCAAGACCUGUAAGAGAUUCUCCAAAAGGAAACGAAGACAAUACAUGCGGCAUGUUCUUAGAAAUGAUACAUCUCAACGUUCCAGUCCAUACAGUAAUCCUAGAAGACGCUCAUGCAUAGUUCCACCAAUUUUUCCUAGAAAGGAUUCUCGCAUUCAUCAGUACUUUCCAUUUGAUCCUCCAUCUCCUUUGUCAUCAGAAGAAAAAACUCCAACACAGUCUCGUCACAAUUCACCGUCUCCAACAAGGUCUCCUGUAACAGAACCUAAAGAAUAUGAUCCAAUAGUACCUCCAAACAGCCCAAAAAGGGGAAUUCCAGAGCACUGGUCACAGCGAGCACAAGAUAAUAUUACAAUGGGAUUUGGUUUUGCUCAGAGUUGGAUGAACACCAUAAAACCAUCGAGAAAUACAGUAGAAGAACGAAUAAGACUCCCACAAAUAUAUCAUGUUCCAAGAAAAGAAUUCGUUUGUUUGGUGGCACUCACAUCGGUUGAUGAAGCUCUCUUCCACACAAUAUUAAUGUUCCCAUGACUUCUGAGGUCUUUUAAAAUGCAUUUCU